AUGGUGUACUUCGAGGCGAAGGUGUCUCUCAUUUUGCGAACCAACGUGCUCAGCACGCAGAAAAUGCUCGAACUAGCGGCUGAAUGCCCAAAUUUGAACGCGUUCGUUUAUGUGUCGACCGCGUAUUCUCAUCAUUACAUGAACCCGAUCGAAGAAAAAUUUUACACGCCCCCGGGCGAUUUAAAGAUGGUCGAGGACAUCAUACGAGCUGACGAGGAGAACGCUGCCGGACUUUCGAAAGAAGCGCUCAACGAUAUUAUAGGGAAAUGGUUGAACCAGUACGCAUUCAGCAAAGCCAUUGCCGAGGGUACGGACACAAGGAAUGGUCCCGUGGUGUUCCUGACACUGUUUUCUUUGGGCUUGUUACACGUAGUGCCUAUGGGACCAUAUAUAUUAUCAGACUAUGUUCCAGUUGACAUGGCGACUAACGGCCUUUUGUCAGUGAUCUGGGAUUACGUUGUCCACAGGGAAACGAACGAGCCACAAGUGUAUAAUUAUGCGUCGUCCGACUGGCAUCCUUUGAGUCUCAGUGGAUAUGAAAACGACUUGAUCAAUUCAAUUCGAAAAUAUCCGUCAGUCAAGAUGGUCUGGUAUCCAUUCAUGAUCUAUAUUUCGAAUUCUUACCUCUUCUUGAUCUUUCACCUAAUGUUUCACGUGUUUCCUGCGAUCAUCGCCGAUUUGUUCUUAUUGAGCCAACGAAAGAAACCAAAGGCGGUAAAUAUUAUAUUUAAGUUGACCAAGCAGAUCAAAGUGUUGAAUUACUUCAUGAAUACAUCGUGGGUAAUAAAAUCGGAUAAAGUGAAGAGUAUAGUAAGCCGUAUGAAUGCCACCGAUUUAGAUGAAUUUUUAUUCGACUUAAAUCUGUUGGACUGGAGCUUUGUCACCGACGCAGUUGUCCUAUACACUCGCAAGGCUGUCAAAGACCCGAUGGAGACGAUUCCGUACGCGCAGAAAAGGCUUGAAAAAUUGAAAAUACUGCACUACUCCACGAUAACUCUAAUCCCG